AAACUUUCACCAUCCAAACAUAACCUUUAGCAGUGAGUUGGGGAGCCUGAUUUUCAAAGUUCAAAGAUUGCAAAGGCCGCCGUCGCAGAACCCUAACUGUGGCUCCUUUGCCGUUCGUCGGGGUAGCUUACCGCCGUGACUGGUGACUUCUUUACAUUUACAGGCACACAUUUGUUCUAAGUAAUAACCUGUAUUACCUUCCUCUCCAAAAAGGCUGCAGCACAACAUUACACCAAAUUCUCUUCCUUCUGCACACUGCAAAGUGACACUUUCCUUCAUAUCCUAAAAGCUGCGCAUAAGGUGAAACCUACAUUAGAUAAAUCAUUCAAUCGAAAAUCCUGAACAGUAUGAAGACGCUACAGGCUUCUAAAUUGAAAAGGAAAAGGGAAGAAGGUAAAGGCAAGAAAAAAAAGAAAAGAGGUAACAAGGAGGAAAAAAACAAGGUUGUAGACAUCCGUAAACCUCAUAGCAUGCUAGAGGAUGACCAUGGUGAAGGAGAAGGGUUUGACAAUGAGUCUACUAAAAGCAAAGUUGUGGAAAAUUUGAGGCAAGAUCCUGAUGAAAAUGAUUCUGGAUUAACAGAAGGUUCUGAAACCGAAGAUGUUGAGAUUCAUUCAGAUGAAGACGAUAUUGGAAUUAAUGGUCAAACAGCUUGUGAAGAUUCAAUGUAUUUGAGCCUUUUCGAUUUACAUUUGCAACAUAGUUUAUCGAAAGAAGAAAUUGACUGCAAAAGUAAUGUGAAAUUUAGCUGGGAGACUCCAGCAAUUGGCAUGAAAAAUUGCAAGUGGAUAGGAACAGGAAAGAACAUUAUGGAGGAUUUGGAUAUCAAUUCUUGUCACGGUCUCAAGGAGAAGUUGUCUGAGCAUUGGAUGGAUGUCUACAAGACAUCUGGGGGCAAAGAUAUGAGUUCACCUAAACAAAACAUGUUUUUCUCCCUUUGCAGCAGCUAUCGGGAUAUACUUUACUGUAAUAAGAGGCCUUUCUAUCUCAAAGGCCUUGAAGAUGCAAGUAUUAUGGAUGCGUACAUAAUGCAUUCUCUCAAUCAUGUCUUCAGAACUAGAGACUCUGUGAAAAAAAAUGAUGCCAAACUGACGAAGCUUAAAGAGUAUACUGAAAGUGAUAAAUUUCGAGAUCAAGGUUUUACCCGACCUAAGGUUUUAAUAUUAUUGCCGCUAGCAAGUAUUUUGUACCGUGUUGUAAAGAGGCUUUUACAUCUUACACCUUCAGCAUACAAGGUCAAUGUUGAACAUAAGGAUCGAUUUACCACUAAAUAUGGAAGUGAAGAAGAUACAGGUGAUAUAGAAAAUGUUGACGAGUCCAAAAAUGAAAAACCUCAUAAGUCUUCCAAAGCAUCUGACUUUCAAAUGCUUUUUGGUGGAAAUAAUGAGGAUGACUUCAUGAUUGGCAUCAAAUUCACAAGAAAGACAAUCAAGUUGUUCAGUGAUUUCCAUACCUCUGACAUUAUUAUUGCUUCAGCACUAUGCUUGGUUAAUAAAAUUGAGGAGGCCGGGAGUAAUAAGGAAAAAGAUGUAGAUUUUCUUUCAUCCAUAGAGGUUCUGAUUAUUGAUCAUGCAGAUGUAAUAUCAAUGCAGAAUUGGUCUCAUGUGCAUACGGUUAUUGAACACUUGAACCGCUUACCAUCCAAGCAACCUGGAACAGAUGUAAUGCGCAUUAGACCUUGGUAUCUUGAUGAUCACGCAAGAUUUUACAGGCAAACAAUAAUACUGGGUUUUUAUUCAAAUCCAGAUAUAAAUGCUUCAUUCAAUCAUCAGUGUGUUAAUUAUGAAGGGAAGGUGAAACUGAUGUGUGAAUACAAAGGUGUCUUACACAAAGUGCUACCGGAAAUAAGACAAAUUUAUGAACGAUUUGAUGUAGACUCAAUAGUAGAAGCUGAUGAUGCCCGUUUUGAUUAUUUUAUUACAAAGGUUUUCCCCAGAAUAAAAGAUUUAGAUCAGGGAGGGACAAUGUUAUUUACCAGUUCUUACUUUGAAUUUAUUCGACUCCGUAAUUUCUUAAAGUCACAGAAUGCCUCCUUUUGUUUGCUUGGGGAGUAUACAACCCAAAGUGAUAUCUCUCGUGCACGUCUUUGGUUCUAUGAAGGAAGUAGAAAAGUUAUGCUUUACACUGAGAGAUCUCAUUUUUACCACAGAUAUAAGAUUCGAGGGGUUCAGAAUUUAAUCAUAUAUUCACUUCCAGAGAGGAAGGAAUUUUACCCUGAGAUUGUGAAUAUGCUUGAUGGGUCUAACAAUAUGACUUGCACUGUCCUUUUUUCCUGCCUUGACAAGCUUCGGCUGGAAAGAAUCGUUGGCACUACUCCAGCCAAAAGGAUGGUGGCUGCGGAGAAGGGUGUUUUUGUUUUCUGUCACUAGAAUUCUGCCUGGGACCGUGGUGAUGGCAUCGUGUAUUGGUAUGUUACUCUUAAAAAUUAUUGUAACACGAGCAUGACUGGAAAAUAGGUUUUUCGAGGAUGCAUGGAGGGACACUGCUCGACAACAAAAUUCAUGGAGAAAAAUCCUGGGUUGGUUUUGUAUAUUAGUGUUGAUUUAACAGUCAAAUGUAUCAGAGGCUAUUUUUAUGAACAAAUUAUACCAUAGAUUGAAUUAGGAAUUUCUAGGAUACAUUGAGCCAAGAUUUUGAAGUUACAUUCAUCUCACGGAUGCAAGAGACUGAGAUGGAAAGGGUGAAGCUAUCUGAAAAAUGUGAAACGUGAUUUGAAUACAGUAUGAGGAAAAUGUACUAUUUCAAAUGAGUUGAUUUCAUACAUUGUAUACUCUAAUAGCUACAUUCACCUUGAAUCUAUUCCAA